AUGAUUAUAAAGAAAAGUAAUAAAACCUGGAAACACAUUUUAGGAAUGGCUAUGUUAAUCAUACCUACCUUUUAUUUCAAGAAUCUAAUAUUUGAUAAUUUCUUUAAUCUCAAAUUUGAUAAAUUCAAGAAAAAAAUAUACUCUAAAAAUUCUACCCCUAAUUAUAACUUAACAAAUAACAAUAAUAAUAUAGAAGAUUUUAAUAAUUAUACAAGCUUGAUUAAUUACCAUUAG